GCCAACAACGAGCUAAGCGCAGAACGAUCCUCGCCCCUAAGAAUGAUGCCAAGUGUCACUCCACUGACACCCUACUAUUAGUACUCUGCACUGAACUUCCAACAUUGGCAACCUUCCCCUACACUCACAUAGCCAGUGCAUGCAAAUGCGAGAAAGAGCCAUGGGAGGUAGAGGAACAGGAGGAGACAUGUAGAGAAAUAGUGGCCACUGCCUUCCCUAAUACUCUUUGCAUGGUCUUUGUGCUGCAAGUCACAAGGCCUCCUCGUUCAUGAAUUAUAAUUUCAACAGCUCCGUUUACAAGGAGGUGGUUAGACGAGAGGGGAGGUGCCCAUGGGCCAGGCUGUGUGACGGAUGUUGCACCUUGCCAAGCGUGGUGUACUGUUAUGCUGACUGCGCGUACCUCUGUGCAUCCUGUGAUGCACGGGUCCAUGCCGCAAAUCGUGUGGCCUCGCGCCAUGAGCGCUUGCGCCUCACCGAGGCGUCCGAGCACACACCUGCGGUGCUGGAAUGCAGCGCAGACGCUACAGCGUUGUGCGCCGCUUAUGAAGCAAAGGUGCACUACGCAAACCUGCUCACCGGAAUGCACCAGUGCGUGCCCGUGGUGUCUCUCCCGACUGCAGAUAUUCCAGCUGCUUCUUUACUUGCCGAGGCAGCAGCCACCACCACCUUCCUCAGCCACAAGGAAGAGGAGGUAUCUUGGCUGCUGGUCAGCAAAGAAUCUGAUAACCAUAAUUGCAGUGGCAACAACAACAGAAGCAGCACAUACUUCAAUGAAGUGGAUGAGUACUUUGAUCUUGUCAAGUACAAUUUGUACUAUGAUAGCCACAUCUACAACAACCAAGAGCAGCAUGGGAUGGAAGAACAGCAACAGCUGCAGGAGAUGCAAAAGGAUCCCUCAGAGAAGGAAGGAAGUGAGUGUGUGGUACCUUCGCAAGCUGCUAUGGUGAGUAAGUCGCUGCAGAGUGGUUAUGGGCUUGGAGGGGCAGAGCAGUCUGCCUCUGUGACUGCUGGGGUCAGUGCUUACACAGAUUCCAACAACAACAGCAUAUCUUUCUCAUCAACGGAAGUGGGUAUAGUCCCAGACAAUACGGUGAUAGAUAUGAAAAAUUCCAGCAUCCUGACACCUGCUGGAGCCAUCGACGUCUUCUCAGGUCCUUCACUUCAGAUGCCACAUCAUAUCAGCUCCAUGGACAGAGAAGCCAGGGUUCUCAGGUACAAGGAGAAGAAGAAGACUAGAAAGUUUGAGAAGACCACGCGUUAUGCAACAAGGAAGGCGUAUGCUGAAGCACGGCCAAGGAUCAAGGGCCGCUUCGCCAAAAGAUCAGAUGCAGAAAUCGAGGUGGACCAGAUGUUCUCUACUGCAGCUCUAUCUGACAGUAGCUACAGCACCGUUCCAUGGUUCUGAUUGGAUUUGACGAAAGAUUAUCUUAGCAUAUGGACAACCCAGGGUGAUAAGAUCCAGUGCAAGUAGUUCUAAAAAAUCGAUGCUCUGAAUAAUAGUGUGGUGUCUACAACUUAACUGAUAAGGUACCAUAGUUAUUAUCUCAGGUAGCAGAUAUGUGUUGUUGGCUACUUGUUCAGUCACUUUAAUAUUUCAAGUGAACAAAGAGCAGUAUAAUAUGAUGGAAUGUUAAUGUGUACACAGACAACUAUGGGGUGCCUUGGAUUACAAAAAAAGCAAUGAGCAUGGUAACAAGGGCUAUAGAACAGAACCAUGACUUCUGGGUUUUCAAUAGUUGCGUCGGACGUGUAGAAAAUACAUCUGUUUGAAUUCCAUCUUCAAGAUAAUUAGUCUGUCAUGUCA